GUCCUGCUUCCCUGCCUCCCCCAGUCUACUUCCCCAACCCUGGAUUCUCUUCUAGGGUCUUGGGCCCAAGCGGGCUAUACUGGGCCUGGCAGGAGGGUCCUCACUUUGCUCUGUUUUUGAUAUAGGUGGUGAUGGAAUGCUAGGCCACCCACCACCCUAAAACCCACCUCAUCUGUACCUGCAAAAUUGGUGGGAAGAUGGUAACAGUCCUGGAAGGAAGAACAAGAGAGACUUGAAGGAGAGAAGUGGGACAGGAAUACGUGGUAGACAGAGUUAUAGACAGAGACAAACAGAGCCAGACAGCCAGCCCCAGAGACAGAACCCACAGGAGAGGCACGCCCAGAGGUCCCCAGCAGGCCCCACCACCAGGGCUGCCUGACCCUGUCCCAGCCAUGUCCAACGUCCCCCACAAGUCCUCGCUGCCCGAGGGCAUCCGCCCUGGCACGGUGCUGAGAAUUCGCGGCUUGGUUCCUCCCAAUGCCAGCAGGUUCCAUGUAAACCUGCUGUGCGGGGAGGAGCAGGGCUCCGAUGCAGCCCUGCAUUUCAACCCCCGGCUGGACACGUCGGAGGUGGUCUUCAACAGCAAGGAGCAAGGCUCCUGGGGCCGCGAGGAGCGCGGGCCGGGCGUUCCUUUCCAGCGCGGGCAGCCCUUCGAGGUGCUCAUCAUCGCGUCCGACGACGGCUUCAAGGCCGUGGUUGGGGACGCCCAGUACCACCACUUCCGCCACCGCCUGCCGCUGGCGCGCGUGCGCCUGGUGGAGGUGGGCGGGGACGUGCAGCUGGACUCCGUGAAGAUCUUCUGAGCAGAAGCCCAGGCGGGCCCGGG